UCUCUCGGUGUCGUCUUCACAUUGAAUAAGAAGGAAAUUAGGCCCCACAUUUCUUGACAAGGAUAUUGGAAACUGCUACGAAGUUUCUCUUUAUCAAACUGCUGAUGGCUUUCUUCUCUCCUACACGACCGCUGUCUCUAUUAAAGUUUUCUUUUUUUCUGUAUUUGGAUUUGUGGAAAAGUAGGGAAUGCUUACAAACUUGGUUUUGAUUCAUUCGUCAAGUGCACAUAUUUUGAGUUUGUGUGUAAAUUCACUUUGCAACACAAGUUGUUGUUGAAGAAACCCAGUCUCUACUUUUCUUUUGUUCGUUUGUUUCCACACUGGUGCUCUUAGCGAGAAAUUGUCUUUUCUAAGCAUUCAGCAAGUUGGUUUUCACACGUCAUUGCUCAUCAUUCUACAAUGACGGCUUGUUCACACCAGAUUAUUAGACUAUGCUUUCAUACAAAGUUACCAAGAUUCGACUAACUCUCUUUUUUAGCACACACUGGUUCGACAUCCAGACCAAAACCAAUAAGACAAGUCAAACACAAAGUACACAAGGAUGUGCUGCCCACUCCUCUGAUCACCCACCUCAAAAUUAUAGAGAGAGUAUUACAAGUUGAAUUAAUAGAGAUUUAAUUGCUUUAACUAAAUCAAAUGCAAUACAAGGCGGCGGCCAAACGGGUUUAAAUAGUAGUGAAAGGGAGGAGAGAAAUCAUUCCUUGAGUGUCUUACAAUUCACACAACACAUAGAGGCGAGAGAACGCGCGAGAUUUCUUUAUACAAGUCAAAACUCUCUCUAUACACACUAACCAUGAGAGACCUCAAGGAAUAUGAUUACCCUGCUCUGUUGCUCAACCUUUCCACCACCAGCCUCAACAAGGCCCAGCGGCGUUGGCGUAUUGCCUACGCUGCCAUCUACUCUGCGAGAGCUAUGCUUUCCCUCGUCAAGGAGAUAGUUCCCCGGAGGAUUGAUCCCAAAUCCUCUGAUGCCUCCCUCUCCCUCUCCUACACUCCCCUCGAGUCCGGUGAUGGAGCAAUGAUCAACUCUAUGCCUCUCUCUUACGUACCUGACAUCGAUCAGGAACGACUCGUGGAGAUCAUGAAGGGUAAGGACUUACCGGGCAUUCGAGCGCUGGGUGGAGUGGAGGGUAUCGCCGCUUCCCUCAGGACAAACGCCACCAAAGGAAUCCACGGGAAUGAGCAAGAGGUCAAUAGACGCCGUGACCUAUUUGGCUCUAACACCUACCACAAGCCACCGCCUAAAGGACUUCUCUUCUUUGUGUAUGACGCUUUCAAAGACACAACCAUCUUGAUCCUGUUGGCCUGCGCCGCUCUCUCCCUUGGCUUCGGUAUCAAAGAACACGGCCUCCAAGAAGGUUGGUAUGAAGGCGGAAGCAUCUUCGUAGCAGUUUUCUUGGUCAUAGUUGUCUCUGCUCUCAGCAACUUCAGGCAGGAGAGACAGUUUGACAAGCUCUCUAAGAUAAGCAAUAAUAUCAAAGUGGAAGUCCUUAGGGACAGCAGGCGUCAACAUAUCUCCAUCUUCGAUGUCGUUGUUGGUGAUGUUGUCUUCUUGAAGAUCGGAGAUCAGAUUCCUGCCGAUGGUCUGUUCUUAGAUGGACAUUCCCUUCAGGUGGACGAGUCUAGUAUGACAGGAGAGAGUGACCAUCUUGAAGUCGAUCACAAGGAUAAUCCCUUCUUGUUCUCUGGGACUAAGAUAGUCGACGGGUUUGCUAAGAUGCUGGUUUUGUCCGUUGGUAUGAGCACAACCUGGGGGCAGACGAUGAGCUCCAUAAACCAAGAUUCUAGCGAGAGAACACCUUUGCAGGUUCGUCUUGACACGCUGACCUCCACCAUCGGAAAACUUGGUCUCACGGUGGCUGCACUUGUCCUGGUAGUGUUAUUAGUCCGUUACUUCACAGGGAACACAAAGAAAGAUGGUAAAAUAGAAUACAACGGGAGCAAAACACCUGUUGACUCUGUCGUCAACUCCGUUGUGCGAAUUGUGUCUGUUGCAGUCACCAUUGUCGUAGUGGCUAUCCCGGAAGGAUUGCCAUUGGCUGUGACCCUGACCCUGGCUUACUCCAUGAAGAGAAUGAUGUCUGAUCAAGCUAUGGUCAGAAAGCUCUCAGCCUGUGAGACGAUGGGCUCAGCCACAGUGAUAUGCACAGACAAGACAGGCACUUUAACACUGAACGAGAUGAAGGUUACCAAGUUUUGGCUUGGCCAAGAGUCGAUCCAUGAAGAUUCUACCCAAAUGAUCUCAUCCGACGUUCUUGAUCUGCUUUACCAAGGCACAGGUCUGAACACGACAGGUAGUGUCUGUGUGUCGGAUUCAGGGCCAACGCCUGAGUUCUCAGGCAGUCCAACAGAAAAGGCUCUCUUAUCUUGGACAGUGCUAAAUCUGGGUAUGGAUAUGGAGUCAGUGAAGCAAAAAUACGAUGUUCUCCGCGUUGAAACGUUCAAUUCGGCAAAGAAGCGAAGUGGAGUUUUGGUCCGGAGAAAAUCUGACAACACAGUCCAUGUGCACUGGAAAGGAGCCGCUGAAAUGGUCCUGGCUAUGUGUUCUCACUACUACACGAGCACUGGGUCCGUUGACUUAAUGGACUCCACCGCACAGAACAGAGUUCAGGCAAUAAUCCAAGGUAUGGCGGCCAGUAGCCUCAGAUGCAUAGCAUUCGCCCAUAAAGUAUCUUUGAAUAACUCAGGAUUAGAGGAAGGCGGCUUGACCUUGAUGGGAAUUGUGGGUCUGAAAGAUCCCUGUCGGCCUGGUGUCUCAAAAGCUGUUGAAACUUGCAAACUUGCUGGGGUCACCAUCAAGAUGAUAACAGGAGAUAAUGUUUUUACUGCAAAAGCAAUAGCUUUUGAAUGCGGAAUCCUCGACCACAAUGACAAAGAUGAAGAGGAGGCUGUUGUGGAAGGUGUUCAAUUCAGAAACUAUACCGACGAAGAGAGGAUGCAGAAAGUUGAGAAGAUCCGGGUCAUGGCAAGGUCCUCUCCCUCCGACAAGCUUCUAAUGGUCAAAUGUCUGAGACUUAAAGGCCACGUGGUAGCCGUCACAGGGGAUGGCACCAACGAUGCACCUGCACUAAAAGAAGCAGAUAUUGGACUCUCCAUGGGAAUUCAGGGCACCGAAGUGGCAAAAGAAAGCUCAGAUAUUGUCAUUCUGGAUGAUAACUUCACAUCCGUUGCUACAGUAUUAAAAUGGGGAAGGUGUGUCUACAACAAUAUCCAGAAAUUCAUUCAGUUUCAGCUGACAGUGAACGUUGCAGCUCUUGUGAUCAAUUUUAUCGCAGCAGUUUCCGCUGGUGAGGUCCCUCUGACAGCAGUUCAACUGCUGUGGGUAAACCUCAUCAUGGACACUCUGGGAGCUCUGGCUCUUGCCACAGAGCGACCCACCAACGAGCUCCUGAAGCGAAAGCCAGUUGGCCGAACAGAGGCCCUGAUAACAAAUGUCAUGUGGAGGAAUCUCCUGGUUCAGUCAUUAUAUCAAAUAGCCGUACUCUUGAUCUUACAGUUCAAGGGUAUGUCUAUAUUCAAUGUGCGCAAGGAAGUGAAGGACACGCUCAUAUUCAACACUUUCGUGCUCUGCCAAGUUUUCAACGAAUUCAAUGCAAGGGAGAUGGAGAAGAAAAACGUGUUCAGAGGAAUUCACAGAAACAGAUUGUUCGUUGGAAUCAUAGCCAUCACUAUCGUGCUUCAAGUCAUUAUGGUGGAAUUCCUUAAAAAGUUUGCGGAUACAGUAAGGCUUAACGGGUGGCAAUGGGGAACUUGCAUAGCCAUUGCAUCUCUUUCCUGGCCAAUUGGAUUUUUCACAAAAUUCAUACCUGUUUCCGAGACACCGUUCCUCGGUUACUUUAAGAAUCCAAGAUCCUUAUUUAAGGGUUCACGAAGCCUAUCCCCUAAGAAACCUUGAGCAGCCUACUGUAACGGAUGCAGUUCUCUAGGGAUGGGUGGAUAGCUGAUUAUCAAGAGCACAGAGUAGGGAGCCGUCUGGAAAUCGAUAACAUUACAAGAAGUGUGAAGCUCACUUGAACGAUCAAAAGAUUCAAAUACAUACGGUAAUAAUUUAACGUGAUGAACCUUGAUGGAUCCGUAAUUAGAGACGCUUUUUGAUCAAACGAGCCGAUGAGCGCAAGGUCAGGGUCGCUGACUUCCAAGUUCUUUCAAACUACUGCAACAAGGUGGCUUUCCAGUUCAGUAAACAUAAAACGACAUUACCAGGUUGGUAAGGAAGAUGUGUUGAUGAAUUAGAAAGAUCAGGGAAAAACAAUUGUUUGAAUAUGAGCUUUGAGUAGCCAUUGAUGGCGAUAGUAAGACUAAAUUUGGUUUAUCUACCGUAUAGUCUAACGGAUAACUUUCACAGUUUAUGCAUCUAAAGUUAACAAGUAUGUUUGAUGUCUUGUCUUGAAAUAAGAGUUACUUUUGUGCAAGUUAUAACUUGUCUUGUAAUGUUUAAGUGAAUACGGGAGAGACGUCAAUUUGAUUUUGUAAAGAUUUCCUUUUUUCUUAAAAGGUUUGGCAUUGCACA